GUGAGCUUGGCAGAUUGGACAAAUGUUGAGGCGGGACUUUUGUACUUUCUAUUGUCCGUGACAGUUAAUCUCACCUAAACUUCAAAAUGUCAGAAGCCCUACCUGGUAUUGAAGAUUUAACCAAGUUAAAGUUAAGUGAUCUAAAGAAAAUAUGUAAAGAAAAUAAACUGCCAUCUACUGGUACAAAAACUGAACUGAUCUCUCGCAUUAGUGAGGUGCAAGGCAAUAAAUUUGUUAUUCUACAGCCUGGUGAUGAAGCUGAACUACUCGGUGAUUCUAAUGAUGGUGAUUCUACUGAUGUUAGUAGUAUAACUCAGACAACAACAGCGGACUUAACAUCGAGUAAAUCACCUACAGAUGAUCUUGACUUCGCAAUGACAUCACCACCAUCAUCAACAACAACAACAACAGCAACUAAAAUCUCUUCAAAGAAACGUCGUGCUAGUGAUGAUCUUAACCCGGAAGAUAUUCUGUCUGUCGAAAAGAAAAUCGCCAUAGAACCUGUAUCUUCUGCUACCACUGCUACUGUUGCUUCUAUUGGUGUAGAUCAUCCUACUGCUGAGUGUAAAGAUACUACAACGGCAGGUUUAUCAGAUGCAGAGCGUCUUGCUCUUCGCGCUAAACGCUUCGGUGGCAGUACUUCAAAUGGGACAAGUAUUCUAAGUGAUAGCAAGCUGAUCGAGCGUGCUAAACGAUUUGGUCUACCGAUUAACAGCAGUUCUAUUGGUGGUGACUCCUUAGAAGUUGAUGAAUUAGGAAAACUAAAACAACGUGCUGAACGAUUUGGUCAAACUACAAGUAAAACAUUAGAAAAGACUGUGUGUAGCACACUCAGCAUGAAAAAUAAGAUCCGGAUUUUCAACUCCAAUGUGAAGUCAUUGCUACUAUACGGAUGGAUCAGAGACUUGGUGGCGCGCUGUGGCACGAAGGGCACUUCAAACAAGCUGCAAACCUUCAUCAACACACCUGUCUUCGCUCAAUACUACUACUCAAGAUCAGAUGGCUGACCAGAGAAGAUCAACAACAGGAAGGGAUCUCUGGCAAUGAACGAACCAACCCAGCAGGAACCCAUUGUGCAAGAAAUAUGCAAGAAGAAAUGGAGGUGGAUUGGUGGACAUUCUCUGAGAAAACAAACCAUCAUCAAGUGACAUCACACGCCAGGCUCUCUCUCUCUCCCGAGUGGAACCCGAGCGGGAAGUGGCGAGUUGGUCGUCUGUGCGAGGUUGACAUGGAGGAGGUGAUGUGAAGAGGAGAUGAAAGCAUGUGUGCAGACGUGGAGCCAGGUGAAGACGUUGAUUGAUGGAGAACCGAACACAAUAGAGACGUGUGGCUGAAGCCCUAUGUUCCACUAGCAAUUAAAGGGAACAAUAAUAAUUGUAAUGUAUGUUGAUCUUUCGAAUUGAUUUUAUAGAAUAAUAAUAUUAUUAGAGAAACUGAUAGAUAAUGUUUCUAGCUCAG